AUGUAUGUGAAAUGCUUUGAUACAGUAAUGUUUUACUAUGUGAUUUUAGUGAUUUUAGUGAAUGUCACUUUUUGUCAUUUUCAAAUUUCCCACUGUUCCGUCCCCCGUACGUCCUGACGCUCGCAGGGGACGGAACACAGAAGACAGAUGCCGGCAUCCGCCGGAUUACAUUGCUGGGGACACUGCAAGAGGGAGCGCAGGACAAGGUAAGUGUAGAAGAGAUCGUGGAGCAGCGCCGCAUGGUAUUUCCAUGUGUAGCUUGGGGUUACCGCUUGUGCUACACUCGGGAAUACCGCCAGGGAGGUUAAGA